AUGCGUGAACUUUUCGGCAUCAGCAACGAAGAGCUCGUCGAGAGUUUGGAGCGAAACCGGGGGGACCAAGAAGAAAAAGAAGAGUCCGACGAGAGUAUUGAUCCGUUCGGGACCGAUGAUCCGGCUGGAUCCACUCCGGUCCCCAAACGUUUCCCUGUCUUUCCGGGCCCGGAUCCGGCCUAUGACCGUGUGGAUCCGCGCGAGGAAUCCGAAGAACUCGCACGACUCGCCGCCGAGAUGGAGAAGCGUCAUGAGCGGAAGAAACCGCCGGGACCGGAUUUCCUGGUCCUCGAGGAUCCGAGAUCGUUGGGAACGUUUAUGGCUCAAGGCGUGCACUUUUGUAGGGCCGUGGUGGAUGUCUUGAUGAAAGAAAAUGGACUUACGACGGAGCAAGUGGCGAGGAUGAGCGGUAAGGGACCAACUAGUCCGACUUUUUCCAAUUCAGUUCUUUUUAGCCAACGAGCGGAACCACGUGGAUCUCUACCUGAUCGGCCGGUUCCACGAAGUCCCACCGGUUUCGCAGAAACGAAUGGGCAUCUGGGCCCUGAAUUGCCAUAAGAACCCCAUGCUUCUUCACCAAUUCUUGGGCGUCCUGGCACCAAAUCGGAAAAGGACCGCCACGGAUCGUCCUCAGUGGAAGACUCCGAAACGAUCAAAGACGGAAUAG